UUGUUGGAGACACUUGUUGCAGUUAGCAGUUGCUUGAAGAAAUCACACAGCAUACAUAUCCUGAAUGUACCUGGAUCUCUAACUAAAAUCAUGUUGUUGUGGAUUUCCUGCAUACUUAUUGGCUACAUAACCUGUCAUCCUAUACAACAAGAAACUGCUGCUCCACGCUUCAUGCAUUGGCCACCCCCUUCUAGCUAUCGGUAUUGGGAAAGAAGGGCCCGUUCUGACCCGGGCAGCAGCUCCUAUCUACCAGUUGUACCCGUACUGAGAUCUAACAACGCUCCUGAACUUCCCGCUCUUCUAGAGGCCAGUUCCAGUGCUGGCCCUGGCAAUUACAGGGCUCCUGCAUAUGCAGGGAAUGGUUAUAACGGCAAUAUUCAAGUUGUCGACUAUGGUAGCUCAGCUAGGCUUGGUUUGAGCUCUGAACCUGCUGGUGAAGAGGAACCUGAGCCAGUCUUCAGCGAGGUGGCUGGUCCCGCUCUUCUAGAGGCCAGUUCCAGUGCUGGCCCUGGCAAUUACAGGGCUCCAAAUUUCUACCGCAGCCCUAACAUGGCUGUGGUUAAAGAUGACAAUGCUAGUUUAAGGGAUGAACGCUAUAACAGCCUUGUGGUUCGUGAACCUGAGGUUGCUUAUGCAGCGUCUAGAUAUGACACCAGUGCUCCAGAGGACAAUGUUGGUAGCUAUUAUAAUUUUAAAGAUGCUAGUUGGAUGGAUGGGCACUAUAACAACCCUCAGGUCAGUGAGCCUGAGGUUGCAUAUGCAGGGAAUGGUUAUAACAGCAAUAUUCAAGUUGUCGACUAUGGUAGCUCAGCUAGGCCUGGUUUGAGCUCUGAACCUGCUGGUGAAGAGGAACCUAAGCCAGUCUUCAGCGAGGUGGCUGGUCCCGCUCUUCUAGAGGCCAGUUCCAGUGCUGGCCCUGGCAAUUACAGGGCUCCUGCAUAUGCAGGGAAUGGUUAUAACAGCAAUAUUCAAGUUGUCGACUAUGGUAGCUCAGCUAGGCCUGGUUUGAGCUCUGAACCUGCUGGUGAAGAGGAACCUAAGCCAGUCUUCAGCGAGGUGGCUGGUCCCGCUCUUCUAGAGGCCAGUUCCAGUGCUGGCCCUGGCAAUUACAGGGCUCCUGCAUAUGCAGGGAAUGGUUAUAACAGCAAUAUUCAAGUUGUCGACUAUGGUAGCUCAGCUAGGCCUGGUUUGAGCUCUGAACCUGCUGGUGAAGAGGAACCUAAGCCAGUCUUCAGCGAGGUGGCUGGUCCCGCUCUUCUAGAGGCCAGUUCCAGUGCUGGCCCUGGCAAUUACAGGGCUCCUGCAUAUGCAGGGAAUGGUUAUAACAGCAAUAUUCAAGUUGUCGACUAUGGUAGCUCAGCUAGGCCUGGUUUGAGCUCUGAACCUGCUGGUGAAGAGGAACCUGAGCCAGUCUUCAGCGAGGUGGCUGGUCUGGAGCCAGUCUCCUCCUUUAGCUCGCGUUCGAGAUACCAACGCAAAAGGUCACAAGUUGCUCAAACCCGCUACAUCCCAGGAGAGCCUGUUCCCUGGCACGCUCCAAGCAAAUAUGUCUUCUAAAGACCUUGCUGGUCUUUAGUUCCAGAUGACUGACUGCUGCUUUUCUUAAUGUCAAUAUACCAAUAAACUGUGCUUUCACAAAGGC